AUGCCUUCGUACCUGGCAUCAUCACGAAUCCGGAAACCAGGAUCUGCAGCUCCUCUCCGCCGCCAUUCGACCACCCCAUUCUCCACUUCCCAGCGAACCAAGCCAUCAAUACAGCGUACCAAAUCCCUCGCGGACGCGCUCAAGGAUGACGAUUCAGACAAGGCAGACCAACCAAGGCUCGUGGCCACUAGUACAAGGCAAUCGGUGAUUCCCAACCCCACCGUGACCGACGUCCCCAGCGCCAUCAACCAUGCGACGACUACCAUGUUCAGCACGAUUCCCGAACGGGCCGGGAUGAACAGCACCCGCAUCGCCGAAGUCCUUAAUUAUCAAAAGGCCACCCCGCCCAUCGUCUCUCUUGCCCACGUCCAUUCUCUCCUCGCCGCGUCAUCUAAAAUCGAACGCCAGAUCGACGACCUCAUCACCGCCGGCACGAUCCGCAAGAUCAAAUUCGUCGCCCUCCUUCAAGCAACUCCGCGUGCGAUUUUCUUUGUUCCAUCAGCAUCCAUUCCACAAGGCCACAUCACAGUCCUCACUCGGGCCGGCUUCCUGGUCUCCGCAUCCGCAUAUCUCAACGCCUCCACUUCCCCCAACCAGAUAACGCGCUCCGCAAUCGUAUCCACAGCCGCCAUCGCCCGCGCGUCUUCUGGCAGCCUCUCCGCUGUGGGAGGGGAAGCCGCGUUCGAGAACCUCGGUGGGACUGGUGCCCGUUCUGAUUCCAUCUCCACUUCCUCCACCCCUGCUAUGGGACCGCAGUUGAUGCUCUCCCUCCCAGGAAUCGGCUCAUACAUCCGCCUCCUGCACUCUUCACGCACCCACCUUCUUAGUCUCCUAUCUCAAUCCCCGUACAGCGAAGCACCAAUGUCGCUUCUAAAGGAGCGCUGGGACGGCGCGAUUGACUCAAGCGAGGGUGCUAGCAGCUGGACUCAAGGCCGGAACACAAGAGGCGUGUUUAGCGACAUCCUGCCCGGAAGGACGAAGAAGUGGAAGAAGUUCUGUGGGGUGAGAUUCGAGUGGGUGCUGGAGGAUGCGUUGGGGGCUGGGAUGGUGGAGGUUUUUGAGACGGGGAGUGUUGGGCUGGGUGUAAGAGCUGUGCGGUAG